UCUGUCAUAUAGGAUCUAUCGACACACUGACGGUUCUGCUGUAUACGACGCCACUUACUGUACCAGCACUAAGAACCCUAGCAUGGCAUUAAACACGAGGACCAGCCUAUUGCGACCACGCGGCCAAGCGUUAUGCUCUCUUCGCCUUCCUCCGGAACUCAUCGACCUCGUCAUCGACGAGCUGCAACAUGACAUCGUUUCGUUACGCAGCUGUUCGCUGGUCUGCAAAUCGUGGCUCCCACGAAGCUCCACGCACCUUUUCAGCUCGCUUUACAUCUCCUCACUCCCGGUAUCAGCGAUUCUUGUCACAUUUCGGAACUUCAUACCCUCCUCUACACGAAUAUCGUUGCAUGUCCGUCAUUUCGAGGUCAACGUGGUACCUCACAGCAGCGCGGAUGUGACCGCCCUUCCUGAACACAUGCCAAACCUGGAGAUCACGUCAGAGACGGGCGCCGCGUUGCUGGACGUCGGCAACCUUGCAAAUCCCGGCACGCUUCAGAGCAUCAAGCUCGAUCUGAGCGGGACGUACUUCAACAAAGUGUCCGCGGAGCGCAUCAGCAAGUUUCUUCAGACAGCCGGCCAACAUAUCCGACACUUCGAGUACGCGCAGUCACUUGGCGGAUGGCAUGCUCCGCCUAACUGUAAGCCCAUCUGCAUUGUCAUGGAAUUCGUCGCCCGGCUGGCGAUUCUGAUUGACGCUGUUCCCAGGCAUAUCGGCUCUUGCGACAUGCAUGAAUAUCGAGUCUAUCGUGGUCACUACGCCCAAGGCCGUCCCAUUCAGCAUGUCCGGGUGGCUCGAGACGCUCGUCCUCUUCUCGUCUCUACCUCGGCAUGCGCGGCGCGCCAAACUCGUGACGAGCUGCCGCGGGCUGUCGGACCAUGAUAAGGCCCUCCGUGACUUCAUGCGGGAGUUGGACUGGCACGCUGUUGGGCGAGCGCUAGGGCAUUGUCGUGCGCUCGAGGGUCUUGAGAUCGCCGCAUUGGACUACUCUCAUCGGCCAAUCCCGUUCGCUGGAAAUGCCCACGCCCAGAAGGCGGUCCUUGAGAGGCUUCCUGCAUGGCUGAGUAGCAUAGCAUCAUUUGUGUAAAAGUGUGCGUCUUACUAUCUGCUUCACUGUUAGACAUCGUGGGAUGUCAUGCGUAUCCCCGAGAGCGAUCAAGAGCAGGCCAGCAAUACAUGAGCGAUGCAGCUGACGUUCGCAUGGAGUCACGUAUCCUCAUUUGACGUUCGAAUAUGGCAAAUCUGGCGUGUUUUUAUAUAUGUGCUGUUGUACCUUGCGACUUCAAGUAGCAUUAAAGUGGGAGGAAGA